UCCGCUCAUCUCCCGUGGAAUCUACGAUCCCCCUGCUGCAUACAGCACAUAGCGCCCUCUGCUGUCCCAUUCCUGUACUGACAACAAAUAGGAAAAAACUACCCAAUAUUAGGCACAAUGGAAAGUAUGGAGUAGAUUGCAGCGUAUUACGGCGCUUGCAGAGACUUCCACCCUCAGCUCUGUCUCCUACCACCAUGGAGCUAAUUAACACACAAUCCCUCACUAAUAAAUCCCUCCUCAUAAAUUACCAUAUUCUAGACAAAGGGCUUGACUUCAUGCGCCUAACUGAAACCUGGCAUAAACCAGGGGACUACUCCGUGCUUAAUGAAGCAUGCCCCCCUGGAUACAACUAUAUGGAGAAAGCCUGCAGCUCUGGUCGUGGUGGUGGACUGGCCAUCAUGCACCGGGCUGAACUAAAACUGUCUCCACUGCCAAUGCCUGAUCUUUCCUCUAUGGAAUGCCUGGCCUUCAAAUGCAAACCUCCAUACUCCAUGACAGUGCUUCUCAUUUACCGUCCUCCAAAGCCAAACCCAUCUUUUUUGCCCGAGAUAAGUGAUCUGCUGACCUCACUCUGCACUAUCUCAACAAAUAUUGUCAUUGUCGGUGAUCUUAAUAUCCAUGUCGACAACCCCUCCUGUCAGUUUGCAGCAGAUUUCCUGAAUGUGCUUGAGUGUCUUGGCCUGCAGCAGCAUGUUGAGGUUCCUACUCACACCAAGGGGCACACUCUGGACCUGGUUAUCACUGACUCUGCUCCCAUCAGUAACCUACAGGUCUAUGAUCUUGGUGUGUCCGACCACAAGGUGGUCUCAAUGGCCUUUACUUUUAUGCUGCCUACCAUUCAACCUAAGCGUCAAAUGUCCUUCCGGAACUGGAAAAGAAUUAACACAGCAACUAUGACCAUGGAUCUCCAGCUCAUCACCUGCCCAGCAUCUGCAUCAAUGGAUGAAUUAGUGGAGCUCUAUAAUACAUCCCUGAGCAGUGUUUUUGAUCUCCAUGCCCCUGUCAAAUCACGUGAAGUCAAUUUCUCACGUUCCGCUCCCUGGUUCACUCACGAACUGCGGAAAAUGAAAACAGCUGGGCGUGUCCUGGAACGGCGCUGCAGACACUCUGGGCUCACUGUCCACUGA